GUGCGCGACAUCCCCGCCAGCAAGGAGCUGCUCCUGUGCGGUGGGCCGUCCAGGGGGCUCCGCGGCGUCAACCUGCCCCUCCCACCCGCGCGGCCCGUCACUCGACGAGCGGCGAGCACCACGACGGCGAGCACCCACGCGUCGGGCACGCCCAAGGCGAGCACCGCGACGGCGGCGGCCCUCCCGGAGGGCGCCACCAGGGCGGGUACCCCCAAGGCGAACUCUCCGACGGCGGGCAUGCCCAAGGCGAGAACCCCUACAGAGAGCACCCUGACGGCGGGCAGAACGGCGGCGGACACCCCGGCGGCGAGCACCCCGGCGGCGAGCACCCCCCUGGCAGGGAGCACCUCCACGGCGAGCGCCUUCGCCUGCGAGAAGUGCGACCUCUGCUUUACCAGCUUCCCGCUGAUGGACCAGCAUCAGCGCUCAGGCAGAUGCAUGGCCGAGAUCAGACGGCGGCGAGCGUGCAGCGGACCUGGGGGCGCUGGCGCCGGGCGGGCGGGAGGAGAUGUGGCAAAGGAAGACGAGCUGGUGGUGGUAGAGGAGGUGGCGCAGGUAAAAGAAGAGCAAGCAGACGACCCGCCAGCGAUAAAGGAAGAGCUGCUUCAAGGAGAGGACCCGCCUGUUGUAAUGGGAGAGCAGCUCCAAGAAAAGGAGCCGCCCGUGAUAGAAAAAGAGCAGCUUCAAGGAGAGGACACGCCGGUUGUAAUGGGAAAGCAGCUCCAAGAAAAGGAGCCGCCCGUGAUAAAGGAAGAGCAGCUUCAAGGAGAGGACCCGCCGGUUGUAACGGGAGAGCAGCUCCAAGAAAAGGAGCCGCCCGUGAUAAAGGAAGAGCAGCUUCAAGGAGAGGACCCGCCGGUUGUAACGGGAGAGCAGCUCCAAGAAGAGGAGCCGCCCGUGAUAAAGGAAGAGCAGCUUCAAGGAGAGGGGCCGCCAGUGAUGAGAGAAGACCCGCCACAGGUCGAAGGGCCGCCAAAAAUAAAAGAAGAGCCGGUAGUGCAAGAAGAUCCGCCACAGAUCAAAAAGGAGCAGCUGCAGGAAGAAGAGUGGCCGCGGGGAAGGGAAACGCCGCCAAAGAUAAAAGAGGAGCCGCCAGAAGUAGAAGAGUGGUCGACGAAAGAAGACCAGCUGCCGGGGGGAGGAGACCGGCGAGAGGCAGCGGGAGAGCAGCGACAGGGAGGCGAGGGGCCGCCGAGGGUAGAAGAGUUGCCACAGACGGCUGAGCAUCAGGAGGUGGUGGUGGUGGACUCGCCCCAAGGAGAAGGUUCGCCCCGAGUAGAAGACUCGCCCCAUGGAGAGGAGCAGCUCCCCGGAGGCAGUGGCCAGGACCAGCGCAACAGCCCUGCAACCGUGGCGAGCGGGAGCGAGGCCGAGCAGGCCAGGCCCCACCGCUGUGAGACUUGCGCGACGGCCUUCAAGAGCAAGGCCCACCUGCGAGAGCACAUGGUGGUCCACUCCGAGGAGAGGCCCCACACCUGCGAGACCUGCGGCGCGACCUUCAAACUGGUGGGCAACUUCCGACAACACAUGCGGCUGCACUCUGGCGAGAGACCCCACGCUUGCAGCACCUGCGACGCGGCCUUCAAGACGGCGUCUCACCUCCGCGCUCACAUGCGGGCCCAUACUGGAGACAAACCUUACACCUGCGAGACCUGCGGCGCGGCCUACAAGAGAGCGUCCCACCUCCGUGUUCACUUGCGGAGUCAUACUGGCACGACCCGCGAGAUAUCCGAGCCCGAGUUGGAGGACGGCGCUGACAACCCCUCCUGCGACGUCUGCCGGAAGGACUGGGAGGGCGACUGCCCGCAGCACGGACCCCCGCUGGUCAUCGCCGACACCGAGGUCGCCGUCGGCCACCCCAAGCGGGCGCUGCUCUCGGUGCCGCCCCAGCUCGUCGUGAAGACCAGCAGCGCCCCCGGCGCCGCCGGCCGCUCCGUCUGGGCCCGGGAGGCGGUGCCCAGGAGGGCGCGCUUCGGGCCGUACAAGGGCGACUUCCCCCCGGCCCACAAGCAGAACCGCCGCUUGUCCGUGACGGAGAUGGCCUCGUCCAACUGGAUGAGGUUCGUGAACGUCGCAGGCCACCCCGAGGAGGGCAACGUCGUCGCCUCCUGGUCCGAGGGCGGCCUGUACUUCGGCACGGUGCGCGACAUCCCCGCCGGCGCGGAACUGCUCCUCUGCGACGACAAGCAAAGGCCAUGGCUUGCGGCGAAGCUCCGCGCCGAUGCCCCGGCACCCGGCCCUCCCGCGCGGGCCAGGACUCGCCUGAUGACCUCCGCGGCCGCUCUCGCGGCCUCCGGCACUGACCCUCCCGCGGGCCUUCCCGCGGCCUCCAGCACGGGCCCUCGCGCCGGCCCUCUUGCAGCCCGCAAAACUGGCCCUCUUACAGCCCCUGGAACUAGCCCGCUUGCGGCCCCCAAGACUGACCAUCUUACGGCUCCUGGAACUAGCCCCCCUGCGACCCCCAAGACUGGGCCCUAUACGGCCCCUGGAGCUAGCCCUCCUACGAUACCCUGCACUGGCUCUCCUGCGGCCCCCAGAACUGGAGCUCCUGCGACCCCUGGAACUGCAGCCCCUGCGACCCCCGGCACUGGUCCUCUUGUGGCCCCUGGAACUGGCCCUCCUGCGGCUCCUGGAACUGGAGCUCCUGCGGCCCCUGGAACUGCAGCCCCUGCGACCCCCGGCACUGGCCCUCUUGUGGCCCCUGGAACUGGCCCUUCUGCGGCUCGUGGAACUGGCCCUCCUGCGGCCCCUGGAACUGGCCCCUCCAAGGCGGGCAUCUUCCCCUGCGAGAAGUGCGACCUGUGCUACGCCAGCGCCGAGCACCGCGACAAGCACCGGCGCUCCGGCAGGUGCAGGGGCGAGUAUAACAGCACGCCGGCGGCGCGGGGCCUGCAAAAGCUUUCAACUGUCGCAAAACUGCCCAAAAAGGGUGAGCUGCCUCAAGCGCGAGGAGAGCAGGCACUGCCAAGAGACGCGCCGGCUGGGGCUGGGAAAAAAGAGUCGCCUCCAGCAAGAGGAGAGCCGCCCAAGGUCACUGCAAAGCCAGGGAAGGAGGGUGAAGAGCAGCAUCAGGGUGCCGCAGCCAAGACGAUCCUCGAACCGCGCCAGCACCGCUGCGAGACGUGCGGGGCGUCCUUCACGCGGGCGACCCUGCUCCGGGACCACAGGCGGGUGCACACCGGGGAGAGGCCGUACGUCUGCCACACCUGCGGGGCGAGCUUCAAGCAGGCGGGCAACCUGCGCCACCACAUCCAGGUGCACACGGGCGAGAAGCCCCACCCGUGCAAGGUGUGCGGGUCCAACUUCAAGCGGCCGACCCACCUGCGUGCCCACAUGCGCAUCCACACCGGAGAGAAGCCUUACAAGUGCGACACCUGCAGCGCCGCCUUCUCCGAGAACAGCCUGCUCCACCGGCACAAGAGGACUCACACCGGGGAAAAGCCUUACGUGUGCCAGAUGUGCGGCGCGGGCUUCACCGAGAGCGGCGCUCUCAGCAGGCACACGAGGACGCACACCGGAGAGAGGCCCUACAGCUGCCCGACCUGUUUCAAAGGUUUCGCCGACAAUGCCAAUCUUCAAACGCACAUGAGGACCCACACUGGUGACAAACCCUACCGCUGCAAGACGUGCGGCGCGGGCUUCUCGAGGAGUUCCAAUCUCCGUGCGCACGUGAAGACGCACAGUGGCGUCAAACCCCACGUCUGCGAGACCUGUGGCUCCGGUUUCACUACGGCUUCCAAUCUUCGAACCCAUAUGAGGAGACACACUGGGGUUAAACCCUACAAGUGCGAGACGUGCGGCAAAGGUUUCUCUCACAGGAAUAAUCUGCACACCCAUGUGAGGAUUCACACCGGCGACAAACCGUUCGUCUGCGACACUUGUGGCUCACGGUUUGCCGACAAGGCCAAUCUCCGCACACACAUGAGGAUACAUACCGGUGACAAACCUCACAGCUGCUCGACCUGUGGCGUAAGUUUCACCAACAGUUCAAAUCUCCGCGUGCACAUGAGGACGCACACGGGCGAGAGGCCCUUCAGCUGUCCGACCUGCAGCGCUAGUUUCUCUAACAGCACCGUCCUCUGCACACACAUGAGAACACACACUGGUGACAAGCCUUACAGUUGUAAGACAUGUGGCGUCGGUUUCUCUCAGAGUGGUGCUCUUCGCAGACACAUGAAGGUACACACAGGUGAAAAGUCUUUUAGCUGUGAGAUCUGCCACACUACGUUUUCCAGGAUGGAAUAUCUACGCUCUCACAAUAAUUCCUUCCACCAAGAUACCGAAAAAAUGCAAGAAAACCAUUAUGAAUGGAAGUUUUUUGUAGCCCCAAUGAAUGUUACGGUGAAGUGCUGGAACGCACACACCUGUCGCGAUAGCAGUAGACAGUCUCUACAAAGCCAACGUGACGUGAUAGCACAGCUGACCAUGAGCGAAGAUUUAAACGAAUAUGAGGAGAUUAAAUGUUAUUUCUCCCCAUCCGAGUGGGAAAAACUUAGCCACGACGAAAUAAUUGAAAUGAAAAAUGAAAAGUGGAAGUAUGACACCAUACGGCGCUGCGGCUGGACCACCAAGCCCCCCCUUUUCAUGGCUCGAAAUCCGCAUCGCAAACGUCAGCAGCAGGAGACGUCUUUAGGGCCUUUAGGGGAGGGAGCGACGUUCCCGUCAGAGACGCGGAGCUGCCUUGGGGAACCCGUGGCACCUGAUGAGGCACUGGCGCAUCCUCCACCCUCAGCCCCAUCCCCCGACCAGCCCGACGAGGGCGCAGCUCUCGGGCCGAGGUCGGAGGCCAGGAUCAUCCCCGAGCCCAGCAUCCCCAGCGUCACCGAGCCCCGGGUUACCGAGCGCACCCCACGCCACCCCAAGCGGGGCCGGAGCCGGAAGACCCAAGCGGAGUCCGUGGUGUUUGAGAACGACGGCCUCCUCUUCUGCGAUGACUGCCAGGUGGAGUGGGAAGGCGACUGCCCGUUGCACGGACCUCUGCUGGUCGUCGCGGACACCGAGGUCGCCGUCGGCCACCCGGACCGUGCGCUGCUCACGGUGCCGCCCCAGCUCGCCGUGCUGGUCAGCAAGAUCCCCGGCGCGGGGCUGGGCGUCUGGACCCGGGAGGCGGUGCCCAGGAGGGUGCGCUUCGGGCCGUACGAGGGCGACACGGUGCCGGCCGACCAGGAGACGGGCUACGGCUGGGAGAUUCUUCGCGGCGGCAAGCGGACCCACUGCGUCGACGCGCUCGACAUGACGACGUCCAACUGGAUGCGGUUCGUCAACUGCGCGAGGCACUCCGGGGAGGAGAACGUCGUGCCGUACCAGUUGGGGGGCCGGCUGUACUACCGGACGGUGCGCGACGUGCCCGCCAACACGGAGCUGCUGACGUGGUACGGCGACUCGUACGCGCGGGACCUCGGCAUCAGCCCCGGGGCCUACAGGGACCCCGCGCGGGACACGCGCACCCUCACCGGGAUCUUCCCUUGCGGGCGCUGCGCGCUGUGCUUCGUCAGCCCCCUGCUCCAGGCGCAGCAUCACCGCAGCGGCAGAUGCUGGGCGGAGGCCAAGCGCCGGCGGGGGUGCGCGUCGACGCAGGCGGUGGGAGAGCAGCCACCGGGAGAAGGAGCGCGGCGACAGGGUGGUGAAGAGCGGCGACAGGGUGGUGAAGAGCAGCCACUGGGAGGAGAGCGGCGGCGGGGUGGUGAAGAGCAGCCACAGGGGGAAGUAGAGCAACCACCAGGAGAAGAUGAGCAGACACGGGGAGACCAAGGGCAAACACUGGGAGAAGAAGAGCAGCGACAGAGGGGUGAACGGCAGCCACCGGGAGGAGUACAGCAACCUGUACUUGACCGGCGCGAGCACAUGGUGGUCCUCUCCGAGGAGAGGCCCCACACCUGCGAGACCUGCGGCGCGACCUUCAAACUGGCAGGCAAACUCCGGCAUCACAUGUGGCUGCACUCUGAUGAGAGACCCUUCGCUUGCAGCACCUGCGAAGCGGUCUUCAAGAGCAAGGCCCAUCUGCGCGAGCACAUGGUGGUCCACUCCGAGGAGAGGCCCCACACCUGCGAGACCUGCGGCGCGGCCUUCAAACUGGUGGGCAACCUCCGGCGACACAUGCGGCUGCACUCUGGCGAGAGACCCCACGCUUGCAGCACCUGCGACGCGGCCUUCAAGAAGGCGUCUCACCUCCGCGCUCACGUCCGGGCCCAUACUGGAGACAAACCUUACACCUGCGAGACCUGCGGUGCGGCCUACAAGAGAGCGUCCCACCUCCGUGUUCAUAUGCGGAGUCAUACUGGUGAGAAACCGUACAAAUUGGCAAUCUCCGAAAACAUGUAA